AAACUAUUAUAAAUCCAAAAAAGCCUAAAGAUGCUAAAGAAUUUUACUUUAUUGCUCUAAUUAAUAAUACUCUAAUCAAAUGUAAAUUAGAUGAAGGAUUAACAAAUACAAUAAUGGGAUUCAACCAUGCCCAAAUAUUAGAAUUACAUAACCUAAUACCGAAACCAGCUAUCGCAGAAGCAGUAGAAAAUAAUGUCAAAAUACUAGGAAAAAUGAUUGUUGAUAUUAAAAUUAAUGAAUUUUUAACGAAACAAAUUAAAAUAGAUGUGCUCAAUACUAGUUCAAAAUACAUACUUUUUAGUAACAAAACACAAACAGAACUUGGAAUAAUCAAAGAUAUUCAAAACCAA